UUCACUGUCAACGCUACUUGACGUUUACAGCCUAGUUGAGUGUUUACCAAACGUUUUCGGUGAAAGUAGUCUGCACCCUCCUCGUUGUUUCUUUUUACUAUUUCACACUACCCAAAGAACCCUUAAAUAAACAAUCAAAAUGUCUUAUAUGCUACCGCAUUUGCACAAUGGCUGGCAGGUGGAUCAAGCCAUCCUUUCGGAGGAGGAUAGAGUUGUGGUCAUUCGUUUCGGCCACGAUUGGGACCCUGCCUGCAUGAAAAUGGACGAAGUGCUCUACAGCAUAGCUGAGAAAGUAAAGAACUUCGCCGUGAUCUACUUGGUUGACAUCACAGAGGUUCCGGACUUCAACAAAAUGUACGAAUUGUACGAUCCCUGCACGGUUAUGUUCUUCUUCCGGAAUAAACACAUCAUGAUCGAUUUGGGGACGGGUAACAACAACAAGAUCAAUUGGCCGCUCGAGGACAAGCAGGAGAUGAUCGAUAUUGUAGAAACGGUGUACAGGGGAGCGCGCAAGGGACGCGGUCUUGUGGUGUCGCCUAAGGAUUACUCCACGAAAUAUAGAUAUUAAGUUGCGACUGACUAGAUUUCUUGUAAUUUUACUAUUUAAGGGCGAAUAAAAUUAUUUUAAUGUAAAUGAA